UCCGUAGGAAAAGCCUACACCGAUCUUUCUCCGCCCGCUACACCACAUGCCCGCACCUCCGGUGAUGGCCUAAUCAGAUCCCUUUCUCGCAGCAGAGCCGACGGCAGCAGGCGGAGGCAGGGUAGCUUGCCUACUCGCCGGCGCCGGGAUCCUGCUCUCCCCAACUCCCCAUCCCGGCCACUGGGUCUCAAGGUUCGGGCUCAUGGCGGCGGUGCCGCGGCACUUGGGACCCGAUCGUCGAGUGGAACAAGUGGAAGAUGCCACCAAUGCGGCGGCGGCGGAAGAACUUGGGGGAGACGACGAGGAGAUCCUGCGGUUCAUGGACUCGGCGGAUGGCUACCUCCUCCUCAUGGAUUCGCUUUCCGCCGCUCUUCGCCAGGGUUGGCUUGAUCUGGCAAGUGCUCGUCACUCGAUGGGCGCAUCACGUGUUUCGAGUGUGCUGUUCGAUCAUAAGGAGCAAUCUGCAGCCACUAGGCUGCAAGUGGAUUAUUCUGCAGAUUUGCGACCAUCAGAAUCAAAGCCUCAUUUUGCUCUGUCAAAGUGGUGCUUGCAAGAAGAAUCAAACUCCAGUGAUGUUGUCAGUGCACAAGAUAGUACUAAACCAAAACUAAGGUACCGAGGAUCAGAAGCUACCUCAGAUGGUAGCAAUGAAUCAGAUGCAACUACUGCAAAAUCUUCUACGGGCGUUGACAUUUGCAGCCAGGUUCAAACUGCAAGAUCAAAAGCAUUAUCAAUGUUCAGCGCAUUGGUGUCUCCAAAACUACGAACAACCCAAGUUUCCUUUGAAUCAGCACUUGAACAAAUUGUGGAGCUAGCGAAUUCAAGAUCAACCAUGCUCUCUAGCUUCUCACAGAUAAAGCGCAGAUCAUGAAUCGAUUGCCUGAUUUGAGUUGUAGGCGCCGAAGCUGGUGCGACCCGAUGCUCGCUUCUCCGCGGCCAUGCCGUCGCUCCUUGGCAGCACGAGGUUGCUGAUGGUCCUGACGAUCUGCCGCUUCAGCUGCCCCCUCUUCAGCGGGGGCCUCUUCUCCUUCGCGCUGCCGUAGUUGCUGAUGCCGCUGUUGCUGCUGUAGGAGUGCUCCAUGGCUCCACCACCUGUGUUGUCCUUCUUCUUCUUCUUCUUCUGAGUGUGUGUGUGUUGUGCUUGCUUCCUUGCUUAAUGUGAAGAGGACAUGAGACGGUGAAAAGUAUUUAUAGGCGAACUAAACCCUGUGCUCUGUCGAUUUUGGUGCCUCGCCACGCAUGUUAAUUUCUUUGGCGGAAUAUUUUGACCUCUUCCG